AUGUGCAAAUGUGUCAGUUAUGGUUUCUCAUUUUUCCAGUCUUCAUUUCAGUUCUCCAUAUUUCCACAUCAGUUUGCAGAUUUUCUUUUAAGAGUCUUCAUGAAUAUUAUUCAGCAUUAUAGGGCAAAUUUGCAAGCAAUUUUCACCAGUGAAUAUUUGGGUACUAUGUUCACUAAUAUAUCUGAGGUCCUUCUUUGUGUGCCCUCUCCAUGGGAGGUGCAGAGCCUGGCAACACAAGAUUGGGCCUUUUCAGUGGUGGCUCCCUGCGUGUGGAAUGCUUCCCCCAGGGAGGCAUGUGUAGUUCCACCUUCAUCUGUUUUUAGGUGCUAA